AUGGGACCCCCGGGCGAACCCCCGCGCAAGCCCUGGGGCGCGCCGGCGUCCUACGGGCGCGGCGCGAAGAAGCCGCCCGCCGUCGGCGCCCGCGCUCGGCGCUCGUCCGCGCCCGUCUACAAUCCCCCCGUCCCCCGCGCGGCGAGGGGCGACGACGACGAGGGCGAUUCCGCACCCUCGCGCGCCGGAACCGUCGACGACGCCAACUUCCGCGCGUGGCAGCGCGUCGCGUCCAACGCCAAGGCGUCCUCGAGACCCGAGAAGGACCCGACGCCGCCGUCGCCCUUCGGCUCGGACAUCGACGCCCUCGCCGCGCCCGACGGAUCGUACGUGCCCCUCGGCGAACACACGCACGCGUCGUUCCACGACCUCGGCCCGGAGGAGAAGCGCAAAGUGGCCAAGCUCAUACGACAGGUGGUGGAGCUCUCCGAGGCGAGGAGUAAGCUGGAGAAGGAGCUGGACGAGCUGCGAGCGCGGUGCGUCACGGAGGAGGGCGCGAGGAAGGAUGCGCAGGCGGCCGAGGCGAACGGACGAGCGGAGAUCGAGACGCUCCGCGGAAAACUCGCGCGCGCGCUCGCCACCAUCAACGCGCUCGCGCGAGGAGACGCGCGCGCGUCGCUCGCGAUGGGGCAAGCAUCGGGUGAGUUGACGAUCACGCCGCUGCCGGAUACCCCCGCAAAGGCCGCCGCAUCGAACGUCGCCGCGAACGGAGUAGUGACGGAACCGACGGAUGACUCUUCGAUCGACAGCUGUGCGCAUCGAUCAACCGUCGGCUCACCCCCGGAGACUAUCGUCGUGCGGACGAGCGGCGUCGCACGAGAGGAGGCGACGCCAACGCCCUCGACGCCCCCCGCCGUCGUCAUCGCCGCCGCCGCCGCCGCCGCCGCCGCCGCCGAGAACGCGGCCGCCCCGGCGAACGCGAAAGCGGCGACCGCCGCGAAGCCGCCGCCGGGUUCCCCGUUUAUCCCCGGCCUCUCCCCGGGCUCGGCGCGGGAUCUGCGUUGGCUCUCCGCGGUGCAGUCCGGGACGUCGCGAGCGCCCGCGUGGGCCAAGGCGUCGAUGCUCGCCGCCGCCGCGCGGAACGCGGCGGCGCUUAAGACGGCACCCGGAUCCGAUUCUUCGUCGCCGUCGCCAUCGCCGGGGCCAGCGACGCCCAUGUCCGCGACUCGCUCCAUUCGUUCCGGCGCGACGAUGAACAUGACGCUCUCGCCCGACAGCAGCGUCAGCGUCGCCGCGCCGUCCCCGCCGAACGUAAACGACGCCGGGCGACCGGCAGAUACACCACACGAGUCGAGCCGCUCGGCGAAGGAUGGCGAAGGACGAGCUCGGCGUGAGAGAACGCUCACGCCGUCGUCCGCCCCCGAGCUCCCGCCCGAGGUUUUGGACGCCGCGAAGAGAGCCGCGGCGGCGGACCCGGAUGAUCCCCUCGUCGCCGCCCUCGCCGCAGCCGCCGCGGCGCAGGCUGGGAUCCACUGGGAACCCUUCGGAAUGAAUUCACCCGCGGGUGUUGGGUCGCCGAGGGCGGCGGCGGCGGCGGCGGAGCAGGGCGGCGGCGUCGAGCGACCGAAGGUGCUUCGCUUCGACCCCGAGAUGGGGCCGUCCGGGGCGUUUUAUUUCGCCGACGCCAGCGUGGACACGACGAGCGCAUCGUCGAUGGCGGCGGGCUCGCCCGUCGGGGACCCGGGCGGCGGUGACUCGUUCGACUCGAGCUUCGCGGUUGAGCGAGUUCACGCGCAUACGUCCGCGGCGGAGACGAACGAGGGGAUGACGAACGGGGAGGCGGAGUCGGAAGCGCCGAAGAAAAAAGGCGGACCAAGCGGGGACGUCGUCGCGGACGUCGCGGAGAAGGUGACGGGUCGCACGGUCGCCGCGGUGCUCGGCGUCGACGAGGACGGGCGUCGGGUGUCCGCGGAAGAGGCUGCGAGGUUCAUGCUCCGGGUCGACCGCGAGAUGACGAGCUACGCAGCCGCAGCCGCCGCGCCCCAGUCCGCCCCGGUGACUCACCCGAGCCCCCCGGGAUUCAUGGCGCCGCCGACCGCGACACGCCGCCACCGGGACCUGGACCACGACGCGACGUUCGCGUUCAGCGACGCGAGCUUCAGCGCGGUCGUGCACCCCCCGGACAUGUCCCCGCCCUCGCGGAUCAUCGAGGAGUUCCUCGUGCUCAAGGGUACCACCCCGGCGCCGGCGACUUGCGACGGCGACAAAAUCUUCAAAAAACAACAAUCAACGGCCGCGCCGUCGCCGGAGACGGCUGCCGCGCUCGAGGCGUGCCUCGGGGUCACGGAACCGAGGGCGGACCCCGUGGGGGACCACGUCUCCUCCGCGCCCGUCACUCCCGUUCGGGCGUUCGACGAGUUCGUCAAGCGGCGACACGGCGACGGUCGCGCGAGCUCCAUCGUUCAAAUCGCCGCGGAACAGGUGCGGCUCGGGGCGGCGAAUAAUACGAGCGGUGCGCGGGGGGCGCGCGCGGGGGCGACGUCCGCGUCGUCACCCGCACCCCCGCCCUCCUCCCUCGGCGGCUUCGGCGGCGGUGGCGGGAAAAAACCCGCGUUCGUGUUAACCCCGAACAGCCUCGCGACGCGGCGAGAAAAAGCCGCCGCCGUCGCCGAGAGGUUGCUCGCGCUCGAGCGGACCGAGGCGGCGGCCGGCGAGGUGGUGGCCGCGGAGCGCGUGGAGGUGCCGAGCCCGAGCCCCGAACGGCCGCCGGCGGAGGCGGCGGCGGCGAGGACGCCGGCGCCGGUGGCGUGGGAAAUUCCGAGCCCCGAGCCGCCCCCGGCGGAAGCCGGUUCAAAGCCCGCGAAAUCAAAGCCCGUCGAAAGCACUCGCCGACGGAGAGCAGUCGCCGGCGCCGACGGGACUCCUCCGCGCGAGAAGGACACCCCGGCCAGGCUUCUCGACGACGCGAGGGCGUUCGCGUUCGACGUGUCGCUCGUCGACCUCGUGGACGAGGCGGAGGCGAUGCUGCGCGAGGAGGAGGACGAGGAGGAGGAGGAGGAUACCCGCACACGCGGGGGCGCGACCAACCACAAACCGCCGUCGCCGAGGACGGGUGAUACGAAACGACGCGCUUCCGGGGGCGCGGGGGGUCGCGUCACGCCCGCCGGUCGAAAGAAUCCUCAGGGGUCCUCGAAAGGGUCACGCGCGCCUCUCGGACCCAUGCGCCAGAGGGACUACAACAAGUUUGGCGGGGUGCGGACGCCGCCGAGCGGGGGCGAGCGAAAAAAGCCGGGCUGGUUUACUUCCUAUCGGAGCUUCUCCGUCGGCAGGGCGGGGGAACCCGGGUUGUGA